AUGGGUAACGAGAUUCGGCGACUACAUGAGGCACAGCCGUUCCACACGCAUUGUCGUUGGCAUUUCCCCGGUGGCAAGAUGGAGAGCGAUGAAUCCCAUGUCAACUGUCUGAUAAGGGAGUUGAAGGAGGAGCUCUCCUUUAACAUGUCCUCCUAUAUCAGGGAGGACCUGUGUGUCUCCAUUCCACACGUCUCAAGGGAUGUCUGUGUCUACUUUGUGGAGGCUGCGUCUGCCCAAGUGGCUUUCAAACCUACCACGAGAUAUGGAAUAAAAGAGCUAAACGAUCUCCGUAAAGUUAUUGAAUGUGAUUGGGAUAUAAGCCACAUACUACAAUGGUCUUCAACAUAUGAGCAGAAGUUUUGUGACGCUGUAAUGCCUCGUUGGGUAGUGUUUUCUACUACGGAUUCGUCGAGGAGUACCUUGAAACCUGCCGUUUACAGAAAAUUAAACUCCCAUGAUUCCUACCCUGGACCGAUCUCCAUUCUUCAUUAA